AUGUCGAAUCUAAGCCGGUCUCAAUUCCGCCACGUGAUUCAAAUUUGUCGCGAACUGGAAGACGAGGCGGUAUACGAGUGCCUGUCGUCGUUCUUGAAGGCGGAUGAUGCAUCAGAGCGCACUUUCAAGGAGGUCUUGAUACGAUCAUUGGGAAUCCACAUCAUCUCACUCGCUUCAUAUGGCCGGCUUUUGAGUAUGCAGGGAGUUACCGCUCACCCUCCACGUGCUCUGCUCUUGCUUGUUCUUUUUUUCCUCGUCCCGGAAAUUUCGUUGGGACAGCUAUGUCUGCACAUCUUCAGAGCUAGCGUGCAAGAGUAUCGGAGACCAACUUUUUCGUUCUCGCACUGGGUUACUGGCUGUCUCGGGAGUCAUGUUCAUAUAACGCGAGACAGGUGCAUCGUCCCUGUGCACGCAGUCGAUCCGGCUCAUCUUCGCUACAGUAGAAUGAGAUAUAGCUUGCGAUGGUUCGGAAGCUUCGGCAUGCUUGUUCCGCUUCUCGCCCAGUACAUGGCGAGCUUUGGGAUACGUUACCGAGCUAGAACUACAUUUGGCGACCGUUGGAACUCAUACACAUUUAUCGACCAGCGUAGUUUCCAUCUGGUCGUUGGCGGUAUGGCGGCGGUGGUGAAUUGUAUGCUCCUCGCCUUGACCAACCUGGAGUGGCGAUGGCAUCUUGACACAGCGUCAACGGCAGACGUUGUUGAGUCCACCCAACCAUCUUCUUCGACAUCUUCAUCAUCAUCAACAACAAUUGUACAUAUUCCCGAUAAUCCGCUGCAUUCCUACAUGAGCGCAGAGCACCAACUAUCUUCCACGACCUCACCCCUAAGGUCAAUCUGCCACAGAUUAGAAGCAUACAACAACCGCCAAAUAGCUCGUCUCGACCACUUCUUCCCAGUGCACGAUCAGUACAGCAUGGAGGGCGCUAUUUUCUUACACACCUCAAUCUCCUGUAUAGAUGCGUUCAUGGCCUACCUCAACCCCGACUUCCUCAACCUCUUCUGGCUCCUGCAUGAAAAGACCAAAGACAUCAUAGACUUUUCUCAUAUCGGCCAUUCCGACAUCACGGGAUUCUCGCCCUCCUCAGCCAGCCCGUACGCGAGGGCAGGUAUCUUCAAAACUCCUCUCCUACCAUACAUAAGCGUCAUGAUGAUCCUCACGUCGUUUUGCUCUCGAUUCCUCGCAGGCGAGUCCUUCUUAGCGCGGCUCCUGCCCUGGCGGAUGAGAAAAGUGGCGAUUUUUGGCAACAAAUGGAUCGCGGGUGGAAGAAGCGUGAUAUCGUUUCCUUUUUUCUUUUGUGUCGCUUUGGCUAUGGUUGUGUGGGUUGAGUGGUUUGGGGUAGUGGGUCAGGCGUUGUGGGAGAGGCAUUUGGACGAGAUGAUUUCGGCUCGGGGCUCUCAUUGGGAUCGGUUGCAUGUGAGCGCUUAUAGAUAUAAAGAUCCGUGGUAUGAUGGCAUGUAUGUGCUGUGAGCCGGUGCGUGUGCCGGAUCUCAUUCAUCGCAAUGGCCUUUGUCACACAAGUUCACAUGUUGCAUUUUUGAG